GAAAGUAACGAACAUAAAUUUUUUCAACAAUGGGGAAAGAAAAUUUUGAAUGAGGACAAACCAAAAGCCAUUGUCAUUAUUUCUGCUCAUUGGGAAACUGUAGGAGGAAUUAAAGUUGGAAAAUUCAAAGGUGUAACGCCGAUUAUUUAUGAUUUCGGUGGAUUUUCUGAAGAACUAUACAGACAAGAAUAUCAUGGGAAAGGAUCACCCGAAUUAGCAGACAAGAUCGUCAAUUUGCUAAACAAGGCUAAAUUCAAUGUAACGGUUGAUACGGCUCGUGGAUUUGAUCAUGGAGUUUGGAUACCUCUCAAGAUAGCAAUUCCUGAACCAGGAGAUUUACCUAUAGUACAAGUAUCUCUUACACGUCAUGCAUCAUACGAAUAUCAUAUUAAAGUUGGACGUGCUUUAACAUCAUUAAGAGACGAAGGAGUUGUUAUUAUUGGUUCUGGUAUGAUGGUCCAUAACUUAAGAGAUACGUUCGGAAAUUUUGAUCGUUCAACAAAUUCCACUUCAGGAGAAGCGUACCCGUAUGCUACACGCUUUACAAAAGAUAUGGAUAAAAUCUUGUUAGAAAGUAAUGGCGAAGAAAGAGAAAACCAAUUAAUCAAGUUGAUUGACCACCCAGUUCUGAGACAAGCGCAUCCAACUGAUGAUCAUUUGGUUCCCAUUCAUGUCGCAACAGGUGCUGCGGGGCAAGAUCCGGCUGAAAAAAUUUUCGAUCAUU